AUGGUUUUUUUGUGGAUGGGUGCUGGAGCAAUGGUCUACAGUGCUCCCUGUGAGCCAGUUAACAUCCCUAUGUGCAACAGCAUGCCUUGGAACAUAACCAGGAUGCCAAACCACCUUCACCACAGCACACAGGAGAAUGCCAUAUUGGCCAUCGGGCAGUAUGAAGAACUGGUGGACAUCAACUGUAGUCCGGUCCUUCGCUUUUUCCUUUGCGCUAUGUAUGCUCCUUUUUGUACAUUGGAGUUCCUCCAUGAUCCCAUAAAACCGUGCAAGUCGGUGUGUCAAAGGGCCAGAGAUGGAUGCGAACCAGUCCUGCAGCGCUAUAACCACAGCUGGCCACACAGCUUGGGUUGUGACGACUUACCUGUUUAUGACCGGGGUGUGUGCAUCUCGCCUGAAGCCAUAGUUACUGAUUUACCUGAAGAUGUUAAAUGGGUUGAUUUCUCCAGGAACAUUGCUGUAGAUCAACCUCAAGUGUCAGAAUGCCACAGCUGGACUUCUCUAGAUCGCUGCAGAUGCCAAAAAAUAAAGCCAUCGCUAGCCGUAUAUAUGGAGAAGAAAUUCAACUAUGUUAUCCACGCAAAAGUCAAAAGCGUCAGUCGGACUGGUUGCCACGAGAUCACGACAGUUGUGGAAGUGAAAGAGGUGUUUAAGUCUUCCAUCUCAAUCGGUCAAGGCCAGGUGCCUUUAAUUACAAAUUCCUCAUGCUCCUGCCCACAGAUGGUACCUGGUCAAGAGGUGAUUAUCAUGUGUUAUGAGUGGCGGUCAAGGUUGAUGUUGUUGCAUGGAUGUCUGGUUGAGAGAUGGAAAGAUCAGCUGGCACGAAGAUACAAGCGGUGGGAACAACGUCUACAAGAACAGCAGCAUAAGAACUCAAAAGUGAAGAUGAAGCAUUCAGGUCUUGCCACAAACUCCAGAAAAAGCACCAGGACUAAGAACGUGCAGAGAGAUGGUGGACAUAAGAGAUCAUAG